AUGGAGGGUCUACCUUUGGUGUGCUAUUCGACAGGGACAAUAAAUUCCCUUUUGGCCAAGCUCACAAAACUGAAGAAUCAUUCCAAUCCAACAGAAGAGUUUUCCGACCUGACAGAAAACUUCAAGAAAGCUGUGCGGAGCCUUAAGGAGGAUUUCUGCGACAAGCUCGGCGUACCCACAGUGUGUAUGAAGCAAGUCAGGGAGCUGGUCUUCGAAAUCGAAGACUGGAUUGAUCAGAAGCUGGAGACCGACAUGUUGGAUCCAUCGGACACAAAAGAAAUCCAAUAUUUCAUGACCGAGAUCAGGGAAGCGCAUGAGCGCUUCACAUGGUAUGGCGAUCUUUUCAAGGAGGUGCUCACCGAGCCCGGUCUUGAUGUUGUUGCACCCAGCAAAAUUACCAUCAACCCUCGACUGCCCAUCGAGGAGAAAUCUUGCCGUGGUAUUCUCGAUGGCCCAAGACACAAGAUCGUCAAACACCUAACAGAAGAUAAGGAGGAGAUGAGAAAGGUGGUGUCUAUUGUCGGAAUGGAAGGCCUUGGUAAGACUACUCUUGCCAAGGAGAUCUAUUCGGAGCUUCAACUUCAUCGGCAGUUCGAGUGCCAAGCUUUCGUCUCUGCUGGCAGAAGACCUGCCAUGAGGGAGAUACUAAAUGAUAUACUCUGUCAAGUAAAGCCUUGGAGUGCUAAAUUACGUAGCUACGAGAAAGCUAAGGAUGUGGAAGAAAUUAUCACUGAGCUCCAAGAAUACUUCGGCACUAAGAGCCUGCUGCCCGCUGUCGGCUUGAAGGACCAGAAGUUCAGAAGGGAAGAAAGGCAGGAAGCGAGGGAUGGAUUCAUCGCGGUGGUGCGCUGUGCCGACGCGCGAUCUUCGAUCAGGUACUUCAUCAUAGUCGAUGGCAUAUGGAGUAUGCGGGCUUGGAAAGUUAUCAAUUGUGCUUUGCCAAAUAACCUUGGAAGUAGGGUCUUGAUUACAACUUGCAUCAUGGAUGUAGGGAAAUCUUGUUCAAUAUAUCGUAACGAUCUUAUCUACGAGAUGGAGGCACUUAGCAAGAAGAAUUCUGAAAUCUUAUUUCUUAGAAGCAUAGGUCGUCGAGGAGAAAGAGUGUCAGAUUUUGAAGAAGUUUGUGGUAACAUGUUGUUGGAUAUGUGUGAUGGCAUGCCAUUGGCCAUAAUUGUUGCAGCCAACUUAUUAGCCAGGAAAUCUGAAGAAAUAACAGAGCUGAAGAUGCUUGGGAAAUCUAUUAUAUCAUCAAUGAAGCAAUAUCCCCCCACUAAAGGAAUGACAAAGAUACUGCACAUGAGUUUUGCUGAUCUAUCUCUUCCUUUGAGGUCUUGUUUUCUGUAUCUUGGUCUUAUUCCACAAGAUUAUACCAUAAAAAAAGAUCGUUUAAUACGGUUAUGGGGAGCUGAAGGAUUUAUCCCAAGAACAAAUAGAGAAUGCUUGUGGGCAACAGGGGAGAGGUUCUUCAAUGAGCUUAUAAGUAGAAGACUGAUUCAACCGGUGUUUGACUACACUGAUGACCAAGCAUUUGGAUGUACCAUUCAUGGUGUGAUUUUUGAUUUCAUCAGAUCCAUGUCCAGAGAAGAGAACUUUGCUACAAGGGCUGCAGAAUUAUGUUUUGGUCCAUUUCCGUGUGACACCAUUCGGCGGUUAUCGCUCGACAGUAGUAAUGAAGACGAAGUUGUCACCUUCUCUGCAAGGACCCCGCACUUAUCAAGGAUGCGAUCACUCAUAUUUUUCGAAGAUGUUAAUGAUGAAGAGGAGAUGCAUGUUCCACUGUCCAUAAGAGCUUCUGUGGAUAUUCUUUGGGGCUUCAAACUUCUGCAGGUGCUAGAUCUAGAAGAUAGAAAGGGGUUAGAAGAUCACCAUCUGGCAGGCAUUGGAGAAUUGGUCCUACUGAGAUACCUGGGACUGGCAGGGACUGGUAUCAGGGGGUUACCAGAGGAGAUCGGAGAACUGGAGCAGCUAGAGACCCUAGAUUUGAGGCGGAACUGGUACUUUGGGACGACUUUACCUGCAUCUAUAUUUAAAUUGCAAAAGUUGAAGCAUCUGCUGCUUUUCCUGCUUGAUGUAGACGUCAAGAGAAUUAGGGUGAUGCAUGAAUUAGAAGAAGCAAACAGUUUUGCCGACGGAAGCAACUCACUUCGUAUGAUGGCACAACUGCUGAGGGAGUCUGAAUGCCUAAGGAUACUAGAUGUAAGGUUGGGUGCAUCACCAGUAACCAGUCUCAUGUAUUUUUUUCGUGAGGUUGUGAAGUCCAAGCUCCACUCCCUAUCUCUUAAUUGUGAGAAUUUUGAUGAUAAAGAAGUUUCCCUACUGGUGGAUUCAUGGGCUGAAGUCACAGCUCCACCAGAAAAUACAUUUGAUCCCCCAAGAGUUGAGCUCGUACUACUUGAUCUUCCUCUCGGGCGAGUUCCACCUAAUAUGGGAUCACUCUCCAGCCUUACCCACUUGCACAUUCAACUCGAGCAAGCAAAAGCAGAAGAUUUCCAUGUCCUCGGGCCUUGAUUAAUCUAGUCCUACUCAACUUGGUUGCAAACAGUUGUUUCCUAGAAGGAAGCAGGUUCAUCAUCAAGAAGGGUACCUUUCUGCAUCUGAAGGUGUUUUCUUUACUAAUCCGGGAUAGCUG